ACGGACACCUAUGGCCGGCCACACACAUGAAAGAAAAUGAAAAUGACAAGAGUACAGGCAGGUGAACAUCGACCCAGUGGUCUAUCCCAUCCUCUCAUCUCAUCUCAUGCUGGACCCAGAUGCUUCUCUGCCCUCCCGAUUCUCCCUCCGUCUAAUCUCCGUCUACACCACCGUCGCCUCUCGCAAUCAUCACCAUCACAUUUGUCUGUCGGCCUGCGCCAUGAUGCUCCACUGCAACAUGAUGAGCUGCGAUGUCUCACGCACACACUGGAUGAAGAAUAGCAUUCACACGCAUCAAGCCAUCCACACACGGUCUGCGAUGUCCCCACCCCACCAUCUCAUCUGGCCAUGGAAGUGCUUGCCCAGAAAUCGGCCCUUCCUCUCCUGCCUCCCUAAGCCUCUGCAUCGCCUCUGCCUCGGGAGGCCACAGAGCGUGCAUUGGGAUCCGAGAUAGAAAUAGCGAGAGAGGGGCGGGAAGGGGGAGAGCCAGAGCCAACCGCCAAAGGGCUCUAACGAUAGAAGCCAUGAUAGACCUGCACGGUCGCAGCGGAUAGCAGAGAGGCCCAUACAGCAAUGAAAGCCUCUCGCCCUUAAUUUCGAUGCCUCUCGGAUCGCUGGCUGCAUCACGAGCUUCCCCAGGCUGUCUUUGGCGAGAGAGGGGUCCGAGUGGGAAAGAGGUGCCGGCCCUUCAUGACCCGCUGAGCAUCCUCUUCCACUCCUCAGAAACGCCAAACUGGUGACUGCCGCCUCUCUCCUUCAGCAUGGACCCGCCAGAACGUACAGGCAAACUACAUUUUAACAUCUGACGUCGUCUGUCUCCCGCGGACCGAUGCGGGCCGGUUCUCUUGCCACUGCUGAACCGCCCUUAGUUCUUCGUCUGUCAGACGCUUGCGCCACGUCCCCCAGCCCAUAAACCCGCAGAUGAUCUCCUGCACACACACACGCACACACACACACACAUACAGGGGGUAAUUAAUCGGUUGGCAGGUCGCUGUCUCUCUCUCUGGCUGUCUGUGUGUGUGGCUGUCUGAUUUACCAUCGCACAGCAGAAGUCGUCUUGGGGCAUGCUCAGGCAGAUCGACCCGCCGAUAUACCCUCCCAUGAAGUUGUGCUCAGCUGAUGGAUGUCACACACAAACAAAUUCAGAGAGAGAAAGGCAGAGAAGACUGACAAGCUUGACGAUGCGCGCCAGUCGAACCAAUCCCCCACCGCCGCCACAUAGAUCCCUACGUUUGCUGAUCUCGUCCACCAGGCCCUUGUAGAAUUCGGCGAAGGUUCGGUCAUCUUUGCAGCACUUAUUGUAUGCGUCGAACAUCACACGCAGCUUGUAAUCCACCAGCUGCCAGCACACACGCACCGCACCAACAGAUGGAUCCCCUCACUGAGUGUCUGUCUACUCACACCCACCCGAUCCAGGGGCCGCCUCUCGACUAUCUCUCCCAACGCCUCAACCUGCUGGUGCAUGUGGUAGUCACACGUGCGCCUGACACACACACACACACACACACACACACAGAGAGAGAGAGAGAGCCAUGUGCACUCCCUGUCGACGGCUGUCAUGCAGCAUACACACAUACUGGUAUGUCCAGCCCUUCUCAAAGCCGCUUUUGAAGAGUGCCUGGCCGGCGUAGUUUUCGGAAAAAAUGGUCACAGGGCGGAACUUGUGGUUCUCGCUAAGCCACUCGUAGAUGAAGAUGUCUAUGAGCUCAUCCUUGUGCAGAAUCAGGUUCUGGUAAGACGUCACACCCUGGUCUCGGUCCUCGGAAUACCAUUGAUCGACCGACCCUGCUGUCUCUCCUUCUGUCUUCCGGCUCAUUACCUUGGCUUGACGCCCCGGAAUACGACGCAGCGGGCGGGCCACGCGAGCCAUGACAUGUAGCCGCACAUCGGUGUUUGUUGGCUGUCCGAGAGCGCGAGAGCGGAGAGGCGACAGGAAGCUGACGAUGCUGCUUGAGGGGCGGAAGGCGAGAACCGUCAGCGGAAACACCAGCAGCAGUACGUUGCCAACAGCCUGGAUGCUGUUAAACAAGGUCUGCAUUGUCCAAGCUGUGAGGCAGAUGACGUCGUGCCAUUUGAGCACCAUAAGAUCCUCUCAACGACCCGCCAGAUGCUGUCAAUCAAAGGACACACACGACCAUCUUCCCUCUUCUCCGUGAGUGAUGAGUGCAGUGUUCGGGCUCACCUCUGCCAGGUCAUGCUCGACAGGCACCACACGCUGAGACCGUCCAGCCAUCGCACACGCG